GACCGCCUGAAAUCGGGGAAUCGGGCCUCUCCUGGCGCCCUGGCAGCGGCGCGGGGCGUGGCUCCGGGCUGGAUUGGUGACGCCUGGGCCCCGCGGGCGCCUGCGCAGUGGUCAAGGCCGCGCUCGCGCCGAGGGGCUGCGAGAGUGACCGCGGCUGCUCUAGCGCUGACGCCGAGCCAUGGCGGACGAGGAGCUUGAGGCGCUGAGGAGACAGAGGCUGGCCGAGCUGCAGGCCAAACACGGGGAUCCUGGUGAUGCGGCCCAACAGGAAGCAAAGCACAGGGAAGCAGAAAUGAGAAACAGUAUCUUAGCUCAAGUUCUGGAUCAGUCGGCCCGGGCCAGGUUAAGUAACUUAGCACUUGUAAAGCCUGAAAAAACUAAAGCAGUAGAGAAUUACCUUAUACAGAUGGCAAGAUAUGGACAACUAAGUGAGAAGGUAAGCUUAGACAGCCUUGAGGAACUUUACUGUUACCUGCUUUAUCAAAACAUGGCUUCAAAAGGUCAGCUGCAUCUUCACUGGAUUACAGAAUUCUUGCUGACUCUUAGAAGAAAUUGUUGGAGAGAAUAGUCAUACCUACUUUAAAAGAGAAUAAAUUGCCUUUCCUAAAUUCCUCUGCUUCGCUCCUUUCCUGGCGUUGCUCUGGAACCUUGUUGGUGUCUGCGACCCAAUGACUGUUAGGGUCAGCUAGCUUC